AUGGAUGAAAGCCAAACGGAUGAAGACCACAUUGUCGAAGGCCACACUGAUGUAGACUACAAGGAUGGAUGCCACAAGGAUGAAGGCCACAAGGAUGAAGGACACAAGGAUGAACACCACAAGGAUGAAAGCCACACAGAUGAAGGUAACACGGAUGAAGGCCACACGUGUGAUGGCGACACAGAUGAAGACCACAAUGAUGAGGACCACAUGGAUGAAGGCCACACGUAUGAAGGUCACAAGGAUAAAGCUACAAGGAUGAAGGCCACAAGAAUGAAGGUCACAAGGAUGAACGACACAAGGAUAAAGGCCACAAGUAUGAGGGCUACAAGUAUGAAGGAUGAAGGUCACAAGGAUGAAGACCACAAGGAUGAAGGCUACUCACAUGAAGGCCACACAGGUGAAGGAAACACGGAUCUAGGCCACUCGGAUGAAAGAAACACGGAUUUAGGCCACUCGGAUGAAGGCCACACUGUUGUAGACAACAAGGAUGAAGGCCAAAAGGAUCAAGAACACAUUGAUGAAAGCCACACUGAUAAAGAAUAUAAGGAUGGAUGCCACAUGGAUGAAAGCGAAAAGGAUGAAGGGUACAAGGAUGAAGACCACAAUGAUGAAGGCCACACAGAUGACGGCAACACAGAUGAAGACAACAAAGAUGAAGACCACACAAAUGAAGGCCACAAUGAUGAAGGCCACAUGGAUGAAGGCCACACGGAUGAAGGCAUAAAGAUGAGGGCUUCAUGGUUGAAGGCCAGACGGAUGAAGGCCACACGGAUGAAGGCCACACGGAUGAAGACCACAAAGAUGAAGACCACACAAAUGAAGGCCACAAUGAUGAAGGCCACAUGGAUGAAGGCCACACGGAUGAAGGCCACAAGGAUGAAUGACACAACGAUGUAG